AUGACAAAACGCCGAGCAAGCAAUAAAAAGCCCUCGGGUUUGAACAAAUCACUUGGGAAUUCGCUCAGCAAUGAUCGCGAAAAAACACGAAAAAGUCACCAACGUGCUAAGUACGAUGGAAACGACAUUGAGAAUCCGGCAUUCAUGGAGCACGAAGUUAAUCACUACAUCGACUCAGUUACUGAUGAAACAAGUCUAGAGGAAUUUCUAGCUAAAGCAGAACUUGCUGGAACGGAGUUCACAGCAGAGAAGGAACAAUUCAAAAUUAUUGAGAAAAACUCCGCCAUUGUUGUACCCACUCGUGUAGAUUACCGUGCCAAUCUUGAUCUCCAGAAGGAAAACGAGCACCGCUUGCGAAUUCCUAGACGCCCAGCAAAAGAACUUUGGGAGAAUAUGGAGGAGCUUACCAGAUUGGAAAACGAAGCGUUCCUUCAGUGGAGGUCCGACCUCAGCGAGCUGCAAGAGGUGGAUGGACUUGUGCUGACACCGUUCGAAAGGAAUCCAGACAUGUGGAGAGAACUUUGGAGAGUUGUGGAGAAGAGCGAUAUCAUCGUUCAAAUAGUCGACGCCAGAAAUCCUCUUCUCUUCCGGAGCAAGGAUUUGGAUGACUAUGUAAAGGAAGUUGAUCCAGCCAAGCAGAUUCUUCUUCUAGUCAACAAGGCCGAUUUACUGAAACCUGAACAACUGGCUAGUUGGAAAGAGUACUUUGAGAAUCAGAGGAUCAAUGUCAUUUUCUGGUCCGCGAUGGAUGACGUUUUGGAACCAAUUGCAGAAGACGGUGAAAAUGUUGUUGCAAUCCCGUCUACAUCUACAACAAAUAUGUUCAUCACCAACAAAGAUGAACUUAUUGCUAAAUUCAAAGAGCUUGGUCACGUAUCAGAUGAACCUUCCGCAAAACCAGUUAUGGUAGGAAUGGUGGGAUAUCCGAACGUUGGAAAAAGUUCCACUAUCAACAAGCUGGCGGGAGGAAAAAAAGUGUCCGUCUCAGCAACACCAGGAAAGACGAGACACUUUCAAACAAUUCACAUCGAUAGUCAACUCUGUCUCUGUGAUUGUCCAGGACUAGUGAUGCCAUCAUUCUCGUUUGGACGUAGCGAAAUGUUCCUCAAUGGCAUUCUUCCAAUUGAUCAAAUGCGUGAUCACUUUGGACCAACGUCUCUUCUGUUGUCACGGGUUCCUGUUCAUGUCAUCGAAGCAAUGUACUCCAUUAUGCUCCCCGAAAUGACGGAUCCUUCACCAAUCAAUUUGCUCAACUCGCUUGCAUUCAUGAGAGGAUUUAUGGCAUCUUCUGGAAUUCCAGAUUGCUCUAGAGCUGCUCGACUGAUGUUCAAAGACGUUGUCAGCGGUAAACUCAUGUGGGCAGCAGCUCCUCCUGGAGUUGAUCAAGAAGAGUUCGAUCAUCUGUCAUAUCCAGAGAAAAAGAAUCGUGACAUUGGACGUGUUCAAAUGGAGAAACUUGCAAAGCUGCAAUUGUUAGAAGGAGAUGAACUGAAAGGAUCGCAGUUCGACUCACAACAUUUCUCUGGAACGAUUGGAGUUGCACAUGUAAAUAUGGGCAAGAUUAUGAAGCCUGGAAAGGUCGUCCUCGUCCUCCGAGGAAAAUACGCUGGUCGCAAGGCCGUCGUCGUUAAGCAGCAAGAUGAGGGAGUUACGGAUAGAACUUAUCCACACGCCAUCAUCGCUGGAAUCGACAGAUACCCACUCAAGGUUACCAAGGACAUGGGAAAGAAGAAGAUCGAGAAGAGAAACAAGCUGAAGCCGUUCCUCAAGGUCGUCUCCUACACUCACUUGCUCCCGACCCGCUACUCCGUCGAUGUUGCCUUCGAUAAGGCUAACAUCAACAAGGAGGCACUCAAGGCCCCGACCAAGAAGAGAAAGGCCCUCGUCGAAGUCAAGUCCAAGUUCGAGGAGCGUUACAAGACAGGAAAGAACAAGUGGUUCUUCACCAAGUUGCGAUUCUAA